AUGUACGUUUGUCACGCCUGUAGACGGCGAACUCAGGCCGUCCAUACAGGUCCGAAUGAGCUUGCCUGUGUGCGUUGUGGUAUCGUCGGAUUCGUAGAAGAAUUGGAUCCGCAAGAAGCGGAGUCCCCCAGAAUGCGACGCACGGUUAGCGAACAAGAAAGAGAAGAAGCAGCCCGCUACGCAAACCCAUUUACCCUACUCUCCGCCCUAAUGCGAGACAUACCCAUGGAAAGCUCACCAGAUUCGUUUCUACAAUUCCUACCGGAUGCUAUGACUCGAAUAACCAGGGACAAUCUGCACAACCUUGUAUAUUACAUCCUGGCCCAGCAACAAGGUAGCGACGGACCGCCUCCAGCUGCAAGGUCGGUACUAGAAAGUCUGCCAAAGGAAGUCCUCACUCCUGAAAGAGCCAAGGCAGGCGAGGAGUGUGCCAUUUGUCAAGAUGAAUUCAAGGCGGGCGAGGAAGUCACCCACAUGUCCCGGGACAGGAGCCUUUGUCCCCACUUCUUUCACACACGCUGUAUUGUACCUUGGCUAGAACGGGUUAGUGAAACACUUAGCAUGUGA